AUGUCGGACACGGACGAAAUAAAGAACGUCAAGGAUCCAGAGAAAGAAUCUUCGGAUUUGUCCCCAGCGAAGUCGAAGAAGCAGAAACAUAGAAAAGAUAAGCCAUGGGACACCCCCGACAUUGACAAAUGGAAAAUAGAUAAAUUCUCUCCAGACGACAACCCCUCUGGUCUUCUAGAAGAAAGUUCUUUUGCGACUUUGUUCCCACAAUAUCGUGAAAAAUACCUCAGAGAUGUUUGGCCAGAUGUCAAAAGGGCGUUAUCCCAAUUUCAUAUCAAAGCAGAAUUAGAUUUAGUUGAGGGUUCGAUGACAGUUCGAACCACUAAGAAGACGUGGGAUCCUUUUUCGAUCAUCAAGGCUCGAGAUUUAAUCAAAUUGCUCUCGCGAUCAGUUCCAUUGCCACAAGCCGUCAAAAUCCUACAAGACGAUACGUAUUGCGAUAUUAUAAAGAUUGGUGGUUUUGUUCGCAAUAAGGAUCGGUUUGUCCGUAGACGCCAACGCCUCGCUGGUCCAAAUGGUUCAACGUUAAAGGCCAUCGAGCUCUUAACAAAUUGCUAUGUUCUCAUUCAAGGACAGACAGUGUGUUGCAUGGGAUCAGUGAAAGGGCUGAAAGCCGUCAGAACUAUCGUCGAAGAUUGUAUGAAGAAUGUGCAUCCAGUUUACCACAUCAAGGAGUUGAUGAUUAAGAAAGAAUUAGAAAAAGAUGAAAUCCUGAAAGACGAGAACUGGGACAGAUUCUUGCCACACUUCAAAAAGCGAAACACCCAAAGGAAGAAGCGCAAAAUAGAGAAAAAGAAAGGCAAACAACUCUUUCCCCCUGAUCCGACGCCAAGGAAGGAGGAUCUCCUUAUGGAAUCUGGAGAGUACUUUAUUACGGAAGAGGAACGAAAGCGAAAACAGCAAGAAGAGAAAAGGAAAGCGAUGCAGCAGAAAGCUGCAGAGAAAAAGAGGAAGAGAGAAGCAGAGUAUGAGGAGCCUCAGACUGUUGGCAAAAAACGGAAAUUUGCUCAAGAAGAAACUAUCGAAGCUUUGGCAGAAAGAGUCAAACAGCGCGCUCCUCAAGCGCGAGGAGCAAAGAAGGAAGCUGCUGCAACUCGCUUCCUUUUUUAG